AUGGAAAUAGCAAGCAUGAGUAACGAUAAUAUCACUAAUGUUGACCUCGACGAUGACGACAACAACAGCAGCAGCAGAGGGGACAUGUAUGAGCACGACCAAGACAUGUUAAUGCCUGGUUUUAGAUUCCAUCCGACCGAAGAAGAACUUUUGGAGUUCUACCUUCGCCGUAAGGUGGAGGGCAAGCGCUUCAAUGUCGAACUUAUUACUUUUCUUGAUCUAUAUCGCUAUGACCCUUGGGAGCUUCCUGCCAUGGCGGCUAUUGGGGAGAAGGAAUGGUUCUUCUACGUGCCUAGACACCGGAAGUACAGAAACGGGGAUCGACCAAAUCGUGUUACGACUUCAGGCUACUGGAAGGCAACGGGAGCUGACCGAUUGAUUCGAGGAGAGAAUUGUGGAUCCAUUGGCCUCAAGAAAACCCUAGUCUUCUACACCGGUAAAGCUCCCAAAGGCAUCCGAAGCAGUUGGAUUAUGAACGAGUAUCGUUUGCCUCACAACGAUACUCAACGUUAUCACAAGGCUGAAAUAUCGCUUUGCCGAGUGCACAAGAGAGCCGGACUUGAAAAUCAGUCGUCACUCCCCCGAUGUCUUCAAACGAGAGGACAGCACUCAGAAAGGAAAUAUCCCCAGGCCCAAGAUGCAGCUCAACAAGCCAUGGAAAGUUUUCAAGGAGGACAAUCACGCCAAAUGGAGAUCAGAAACAUAAGCGAGUCUGAUCGGAGCAGUAGUAGUACUUCUAAUAUUACACCAACUCUCGGACUUUCCAAGCUGAACGCCUACCGUCCAAUGGCUCCCAUAAGAACAACGAUUAGGUUACCAAUGGAAGAAGAUGGGCUGGUCUCAAAUCAGUCUAAGCAAGGCUGUACUUCUGUUUCAUCAAAUGUCGUCCACGAUCUCCACAGGCUAGUAAGCUACCAAAUGAAUCAACUGCAAUACUACAAUGCUUCUCAUCAUCAUCAUCAUCAUCAUCAUCAACAACAACAAUCCGACUUUCCUACGUUUCCCACACAAUCACAGGCUCAGGCACAACAGCUUUCGCUCAACAUGCUACCCAGCUCACUUCCAUCAACGAAUGCGACCUUCUCCGAUCGGUUGUGGGAGUGGAGUCCAAUUCCUGAACCAAAUAUGGAGUACAAUAAUCCUUUCAAGUAG